UUCAUCCAAUCUAAUUUAAUGUAAUGAAAUGAAAAUGAAAAUAAUAAGUUGAGAAUCAAAUUACCGACAUAACAUCAUCAAUCUCUCAACUAUUCAUUCAACCACCACUCACUCCUCACCACCACCACCACCACCGCGCUUUUCAGAUGAACAACAACCAAACAUGGCCUUGUACCUCUUCUUCAUCUCCCUUCUCCUCUUUUCCACUCCCAACAAACCUAACCACUUCCGACUAUCCCUCCCGCUCCGUUCGUCUCUGCUCCCGUCUACCUCCCUCUAAACCUCCCGAACAAACCGAUUUCUCCUCCCUCCCUUACGACGUUCUCAACAAAAUCGCAUCCUCCUUCGACCAGCCGAAUCUCCAAUCAGCUUCUCUGGUAUGUCGGUCAUGGUCGGAGGCGUUACGGCCAUUAAGAGAAGCGAUGACGAUGCUUAUGUGGGGGAAACGGUUCAAGCACGGUAAACGAGGUGUUCGUCAGAAUAUAGAGAAAGCGCUUGAUAUGUUUACCAAAGCUGCUGCUCGUGGUUCUACUCUUGCUAUGGUGGAUGCUGGGCUUAUUUAUUGGGAGAGAGGAGAGAAGGUUAAGGCUCUUGAUUUGUAUCUUAUGGCUGCUCAACUUGGAAAUUCUUCUGCUCAGUGUAAUUUGGGAAUUUCGUAUCUUCAAGUUGAACCCCCAAACACUGAGCAAGCUUUAAAAUGGUUGUACAAAGCUUCCAAAGGUGGGAAUAUCCGUGCCCAAUACCAACUCGCUCUCUGUCUUCAUCGAGAUGGUGGGAGCAAAAGCAAUAUAAGAGAAGCUGUUAAGUGGUAUAUGAAAGCAGCAGAAGGCGGGUAUGUGCGUGCUAUGUACAAUAUAUCCUUAUGCUACUCAUUUGGGGAAGGACUGUCACGCAAUCAUCAAGUAGCAAGAAAGUGGAUGAAGCGGGCUGCAGAUCGUGGUCAUAGUAAAGCUCAAUUUGAGCAUGGACUUGCUCUUUAUUCUGAGGGAGACAUGAUCAAGGCUUUGGUUUACUUGGAACUUGCUAGCCGUGCUGGUGAAAAGGGUGCUCCUCAUGUUAAGAAUGUAAUUGUUCAUCGGCUGUCUGCUGCUUCACGCAAUCAUGCCAUGCUUCUAGCUGAUAGUUGGCGUGCUUUGCCAUCAAAUUGAGCUAAAAUCUGUAUGAUCAGCGAGCAAGAAAUCGCAUUACUUUUACCAUGCAUCAUAUAGCCGAAGUCGAGACAGAUUGCCUAAAGCACAAGGACAAAGAAAGCAGGAGUUGACCAAGCAACUGCCUAUGUACACUAAUUCUGACCGUAGUGGUCUGCCUGCAUCUAAUGUCUAACUUAUAGUUCGUGUUCUGUUCGACAAAUACAAUUCAUAGUGUAUCUCUGGAUAUUUUUCCUUAAAAAAAGGCUAGAUGUAUCUCUAGAUAUUUAUAAGAUGAACUGUUGAAAAUUUUCUUCAGAUCACCUUAGAACUGUGCAGAGUAGAAUAUAAGUGGCUUUUUGUUUCUCCUUUUCACAUAUGAUGUACGGAAGAUUGCAACUUCUUUAUGUUACGCAGGGAGUGGUGAUAGGGAAGCAGCAACAUGUUUGACUUCACAAAAGUAUCAAUUGGCACCUACUAUUUUUUAAA